AUGCCUUUCCCAGGGGGCCCCUCUUUGGGCCCCGUUGGGGGCCUCCAGGCCUCCCUCAGGGCUGAGGCGGCCCAGCCCCUGUGCACAGAAGCAGAGCAGCCGCAACUAGCAGCAGAAGCAGCAGCAGCAGCAGCAGCAGCAGCAGCAGACUUAAGCCCCCGCGGCCCGUGGAGCGUUCGCUCCCCGGCUCGACUGGGGGCUCGCGGCAGCCCCGUGGAGGCACGCUCUCCAGCAGCAGCAGCAGCAGCAGCAGCUGCUGCUGCUGAAAAUGAUGCAGCACGGGGGAGGCUGCUGCUGCCGCAGCAGGAAGGCCGCGGGGCAGGGGCGGGGGGCCGGCGGCUGCAGUGGUGCAGCUGCUGCAGGGCUUUGGGCCGUGCUGCUGCUGCUGCGUCUCGUGUGUCUGCUGCUUGCUGCUCGGCGUGCAGUGUACGUACACCGUGGGGCUCUUUGUCGCAGCCUUCUGCUGCUGCUUUGUCUUUGCUGCGGCGCCUCAGCUCGCGCUGCGCAAAGCGCAUGUCUGCUGCUCCCCAGGCCUUUCUCAGGGCCUCCAGCUGGCUCGGCUGCUUGCUGCUGCUGCUGCUGCUGCUGAGCCUUUACCUCACUUUUGCUGCAGACCUCCCUCUUGCCUCGGGGCCCCAGGGGCCCCCCUUUAUGGGCCCCUCUGCGGGCCGCGGCCCAGCGCCCCACGCGCACAGCAGCAGCAGCAGCAGCAGCAGCAGCAGCAGCAGCAGCGGGGAUGGGUAUUUGCAUGGGCGAGCUGCGGGGCUGCAGGCCCACGCGGAAGCAGAAGAGGGGGGGGGCCCCUACUUGCUGCUGCAGCUGCCGCUGCUGUCGGGGGCCCCCCUGCUGCUGCCAACUCAGUCCCCUUUGCGGCAGCGGACAGAAGCUCUGGAGCAGCACUUUGGAAGGGAGCGCCAGAUCACUUCGCUGCUGGUGGUCCGACGCCCAGCAGCAGCAGCAGCAGCAGCAGCAGCAGCAGCGGGGGCGCCAGCAGCAGCAGCGGCACCUGCAGCAGUGGCGCCUGCAGCAGCAGCAGCAGCAGCACUUGCAGCAACAGCGGCAGCAGUACCUGCAGCAGCAACCGCAGCACCUGCGGCGGCCGCCGCAGCAGCAGCAGCACCACCUGCAGCAGCAGCAGCAGCACCUGCAGCAGCAGCAGCAGCACCUGCAGCAGCAGCAGCAGCACCUGCAGCAGCACCUGCAGCAGCAGCAGCAGCAGCAGCAGCAGAUGAGGGCCUGCUGCAGCAGCAAACGCUGGAGGAAGUGUGGCGGCUGACGAAGGCCGUCGAGGCCGUGGCUUACCGCGCGGCGAAGUGGCGGGAUGUUUGCAAGUUCAUGGACACGGACUUUUCGUUGGGAGAGGUGUGCGUGGGCAUGGGGCUCUUCGGCAUUUACGAGGCCGCCCUGGGCCCCAUAGACACUCGAGAUGACUUUGUUGACGCGCUGGAAGGCCUGAGCACUGGCGGCGUGACUCUGCUGCACCUUGCUGCUGCCAAUUUGCCAACUUCAUUUUACUCGCCGCUGUCUCUGCGCUUGUCGCCCCCUGCGCCCGUGGAGGCCCUCCCCAGCAGCAGCAGCAGCAGCAGCAACAACAGCAGCAGCAGCAGCAGCAGCAGCAGCAGCAGCAGCAGCGGGGGCGCGAGCUCAGUCAUGGAUUUCCGCAUUGCCCGCGCCGACGCGCUGCUGUUUGCCUAUGAGGUGGACACCCGGCGGCUGCCGCAGCAGACACGGCGUGGCUGGGAGAGGGAAGUAGCAGCUUUCAUUCGCCGAUUCAAGCAGCAGCAGCAGAGGCGCAGGUUGCAGCAGCAGCAGCAGCAGCAGCAGGGGCUCCUGCAGCAGCAGCAGCAGCAGGGGCUCCUGCAGCAGCAGCAGCGCUCGCCGGAACCGGAAGGUCCGGCGGUUCCAGGUGGCUCGGAGGCACGGAUCCCCGCGGCGGUUGCUGGGCCUUCUGCUGCUGCUGCGGCUGCUGCUGCUGCUGCCGGGCCUGCUGCUGCUGCUGCUGCACCGGCAGCAGCAGCAACGGACUGGGACGUGUGGGUCCACAACGAGUCCCUCGAAGCAGACGAGGCCUUCUCGCUUGUCAACGGAGAAGUUCAUUUGCUGCUGCUGACUCUGCCGCUGCUGCUGCUGUACUUUGCGGUGUCUGUACACCUGGCGGCCCCGCCUUCGCCUGCCUUCCAGCUGCGCCAGAAGGCGCUGCUGCUGGGGGCGGUGGUGUGUCUUGCUGCAUUUGCUGCUGCUGGCGGGCUGCUGCUGUGUCACUUGCUGCUGCGGGUAGCAGUGACCCCGCUGCUGCUGCUCGUGCUGCACUUGCUGCUGGGGCUCGCAGUGCACCAGGCUGCGCACACGCUGCGCUGCUUGGCAGCGGGGCUGAAGCGCGUCUCUGCAGCGCAGCAGCAGCAGCAGCAGCAGCAGCAGCAGAAGCUGCGGCCACACCGUACGGGCAGGCUGCUGCGCGAGUCGCUGCAGAGCCGCAGCAGCAGAGGCGUGGACGAGCCGGCGCUGCUGCUGGGCAGCAGCAGCCGACGCAGCAGCAGCAGCGGCGGCAGCGAGAGCAGCAGGACCAGCAGCAGCAGCGUGAGCGAAGCUGGCUGGGAGGUGCAGCAAACUUGGAGUCUGGUGGAUGAGGCGGAGCGGCAGCAGCAGCAGCUCGAAGAAACCCUCGCGGGCUGCAUCUGCAGCAGCAGCGUGACAACUGCUGCUGGGGUUUGCUGCCUCGUGGCAAUGGGCACUUUCGACAUUCCUGCUGUUUCCUCUUAUUGCCAUUCUGCUGCUUGUUGUCUUCUUUUUCUUCUUUUCUUUUAUAUUUGUUUCUUUUGUCCUUUUCUUUUAGUCAUUUACAGUCCCCAUUUGCUGCCGGUGGUGCCCCCCCGCUCGCCUCUGCAGCGCAGCAGCGGCAGUGCUGCUGCUGCUGCUGCAGCUCUGCCGUCACCAGCAGCACUGAAUAGUGGUGCUGCUGCUGCUGCCGGCAAAGACCAAAUGGACGCGAAACCCACGAAGGCGGAGGAGCUGCAGCAGCUGCUGCAGCAGCAGCAGCAGCUGCACCUGCAGCAGCGACAGCUCCAACACCCGGAGACGAAUGCAGAGGGCCAUUCGCGAGGCCCAUAUGCAGCAGCAGCAGCAGCAGCUGCUGCUGCUGCUGCUGCUGGAGAUGGUGUGGCCUCGGACGAUUUCCCUGCAGCUGAGUCCAGCCCUACGUUCGGCAGCAGCAGCGAAUCAGGACAGCAGCAGCAGCAGGAGCUGCAGCUGAAUGGCUCAAUUAAUUUUGCUCCCGGAGAGGAUGUGCUGCGGCAGGAGGACUGCGUGGAGCUGCAGCUCGAGCAGCAGCCGCGGCAGAAGCAGCAGCAGCAGCAGCAGCAGCAGCAGCAGCAGCAUUUCGAAGGCGAAAUGCUCGUCUGGUCAGGUCCAGCGCAUAACUCCGAUUUGGCUCUGCGGGGCAGCAGCAGCCCCACGAGCAGCAGCAGCAGCACUAUGGCAGCAGCAUGGGCUUCCCCUGUUUCUUCGGUUGGCGCUGCAGCUUCUUCCUUCGCUGCAGAAGCAGCAACAGGGGCAGCAGCAGCAGCAGCAGCAGCAGCAGCAAGGAGGCAGAGCCAGCUGUGCGCAAUGAGGUGUGCAGCAAUUCGGGUGUCUCAGCAGCUCCGUCGCUCCCUAACCGAAAUGCGGCAGUCCUUUUGGGGUCGAUUGCUCUGCCACAAGACUUACAGGCUGCUGCUGCUGGGGAUCCUGUGCGUGCUGUCUGUGAAGAGCUACAGCGAGCUGGUGCUGCUGCAGCCGGAGUUCGAUCUGCUGCGCUACCUGCCGCCCGCCUCUUUGCUGCGGGGCUUCAUUGGGGCAGUGCAGCAGCAGCAAUCUUGGGGGGGAGCAGCACCUCUGCCGCUGCACCUGGUGCUGCGGCCUGAGGUGUCUGUACACCUGAACGAAGCAGCAACUCGGGACAGAGUCAACCAUUUAGUAGACGACAUUAUGAGGCUUCCGGAGGCAACGGGGCCAUUGCUCUCUUGGGUGUCGGACAUCGAGCUGCACACGAACGGAACUGCAACAAGUGAGAAGCAGCUUUUGUGUCUGCAGCAGCUGCAGCAGCUGCAGCAGCUGCAGCAGCUGCUGCAGCUGCAGCAGCAGUUUCCGUGGCGCGUGUCUGUUUGUCUUGCUGCUGCCGCUGCCGCUGCCUCUGCUGCUGCUGCUGCUGCUGCUGCUGCUGCUUGGGGGGCCAAGGGGGCUGGAGGUGUGGGGCGGUUGGGUGUACGUACAGCUGGGCCGCUGCUGGCGCCGCCUGCAGCAGCUUGCCCUUCUGCUGCUGCUCGGCCUUUCCCGUGGCAGUCUGCUGAGGCUUUCGCGCUGCAGCUGCGGCGGUGGUGCAGCGACGGCCACGAGACCCUCUGCAGCAGCAGCAGCCUGCAGCAGGGCGACACUGCAGCAGAGGCGCAGCAAAAGGCCCCCUGGCUGCACAAUGUCACCCCCACUCUUUACGACAGUUCUUUCAUUAAGGCAAGAAGCUGCUGCUGUCCUCCGGGGUGGUUUGGGGUAAGACAGCUGCGCCGCUUCUGCGUGCUUCUGCAGUUCUCUGGAGAUGGCCGCCGCAUUUUGACCUCCCGCAUAACUAUGUUCUUGCGGGUGGACCCCUUGAACAGCAGCAGCAGACGAAGCAGCAGCAGCAGCAGCAGCAGCAGCAGGCGCAGCAACGACGUCGUGCUGCAGCAGCUGCGGGCGCUGGAGCAAAAGCACUUCCCAGGGGGUGGGGUGUAUCUACACGCGGCGUGGAUGGAGGAUGUGUACAGGCAGGCCCUUUUCGUGGGCGGCCUCUUGAGCCUCUGCAGCAUUCCUUUCGACGUCGUCACCCUCAUGGCUCUGUUUGCGAGCGGCGCCUUGACGGUGGAGUACACAACUCUUGUGGUGUAUGUACACCUGCGGGCGGCGCCGCUGUUUGCCUCUGCGCCGCUGCCCUCGCUCUCGCUGCUGUCCUCGCUGAUGCAGCAGCACCAGCAGCAGCAGCAGCAGCUGCAGCAGCAGCAGCAGCAGCAGGAGCUGGCGUCUCCACUGAGCACAGGAACUGAGAUCUACAGAGCAGCAAGAGGCCUCGGGGUUUCUCCGCGGCACUCGGGAGUUCCCGUGUCUUUGGCUGCGGCGCCUGCGUCCGCGCGCUGGCAGCAGCAGCAGCAGCAGCAGCAGCAGCAGCAGCAGCUGCAGCACGAGGCGUGCGCGAGCUGCGGCGAGCCCGCCGACUGCUGCGUCGUGCGCAGCAGCCCCACAGCAGCAACUGUGGAAGUGCUGCUGGCCGGACUUCACCGCCAAAAACAUCAGGGGCCUCUUUUGGCCUUUUUGGCUUCUCGAGAAGCAGCUCCAGCCAUUUGCACUUCGGCUGUCUCGACACUGCUAGCUCAGGCCGGCGUGGUGUGUGCGAGUGGUUUCUUCUGCAGGGACUUGUUUGCUCUUUUUCGCCAAGAGUGA